GAAGCGGCGAGUGCGCCGGGGAGCGCAGCUGCGGCCGUGGGGGUGGUAGGAGCCGCGGAGCCGGCGCUGAGAACGACUGCGGCCCCGCUCCGGGCGGCCGAGACAAAGACGACGAUAAGGGCCAGUUGUGAGUCUGUGCAGUUUUAAGUGAAACCUCAACCCAAGUGAGAAGACAUCUUCAAGGAACAACUGUUGACAGUGAGUCUGCAGUCAUCUCUGUGCAUAAUGUGGAAUGUUUUCAAGCCAGAGACAGCUGAGUGGGUGACUAUUGAUAAGGAGUGACCUGAGUCAAGACAACAUUUAUACCUUCCUGGUGGUUCAGAAACGAGUCUCUAUAGAACCAUAAGCAAAGAAAGGAAACAUUUUGUCUUUUUCUUAAUUAAAUUGACUGUAUAAGAUACUGGACGUUAGGAACAAACGCACAGAGAAGUGUCAAAAUCGUUGCUCUAACAUCACUGGACGCCGGUCUCACUGAGGAGUGAGCUUUCUGAAGCUUCCUGAGCAGAGAUUUGGACGCUUCCUUGGUGCUCACUUGUGCUUUGGACGACGAGCAUGAGUGAGUUCUGGUUGUGCUUCAACUGCUGUAUUGCAGAGCAGCCUCAGCCUAAGCGGCGGCGGCGGAUUGACCGAAGUAUGAUCGGGGAGCCGACCAAUUUCGUACACACAGCUCACGUGGGGUCAGGAGACCUGUUCAGUGGGAUGAACUCAGUCAGCUCCAUUCAGAACCAGAUGCAGUCCAAGGGGGGCUACGGGGGCGGCAUGUCUGCCGGCGUGCAGAUGCAGCUGGUGGACACGAAGGCGGGAUAGCCCCUCCAGUCAUUGUGAAGUUGUUUCCUUUUUCCAUUUUGUUUAAAUUCUUUUUUUUUGUCGUGAUUUUCUUUUCAAAUACAAAAAAAGAAGUGACAUGGUGUCGUGUCCCUCCCGUUGUGAUUGCUCCAGCGAGACAUCACGGCUGCGCCGGAGCGGCCACCGCCAGUGUCCCCUGCCUCCCCUUCGGUGGCCCUGCGCACCCUUGGACUCAUGGACAUAGUUCUUUACAUCGUGGCUUCAAUUUUUAUCAACAUGGGUCUGACCUUUAGCAUGAUCUUUGUGUGAAUGCUAGCACUAUUUUGCAUUUUCUUUUUAAGUAUCUCUUUCCACCUCCCUUAUGAUUUUAUUGGUAAGCAAGGACCUGCUAUUAGCUGUAAUUUGUCACCUUUAUGUAUAUUUUGGACGGUGUGAGAUCCACAAGGAUCAUUUUUGUUCAUUGAAACUUCGGCAGAGACGUCUGCAUGCUUUCUGAGGUGGCCGCGUGCGGGGGGCCCCCAUAGCCAGGCCACGCCCGUGCACACAGAAGGUGACGUGCCGCUCCUUAGGAAGGACUGUGCAGUUAGAAUUAUAGUAAAAGGAGAGCUUGCAUUCACGAGGCCUGCCUUCUGUUGUAAAUGUUCACUCUAUUUAUUUUGCGAGCGAGGACCCAGGAGCGGAGCAGCUCUGGGCGCUCUGUCUCCCUGUGCGCUCAGUCUGUCCCCGGUGUCUUGACUGUGUGUCAGUGUCAUGGUACCCGGUAGCCAGGUUGUUGACCUUCCCACCCUCCGCAUAUUGGGAGCAGCCCACUGACCGGAGUUGUUGCCCCUGAGAACAGUGGCUGUGGAAUAGGUGAGAAAAACCUUGGCUUUGGUUCCAAAAUCUGUUUAUUCUUCCACCAGUCGGUGGUUUGCAUUCGUGUUGACAUGUAAAAUCCCGUGUCCACGUCAGCCCCAGGUAACUACACGUGGUCGGGUUAACAGUCCAUGAAGCAGAUGGGGCCUCUUUGAAAACUCAGUGCUAAGGAGUUAGAAGAAUGAUCACUUUCAAUUACCUUUAAAAAAACUCCUUCCCCUCGGUCCCAGGUUCUGUGAAAAGGCAACUUGUGAGCACAGACAGGGUCUGUGCAGGCAAAUCGCUGCUCCCGGUUCUCCGGCCCUCGGCCCUUGUGCCCCUGCACGCGUGAGCCUCCCCCAGGGAGAGAAUCUGUCAAGGAAGAACAUUUAUGCUUAGUAGUAGAAAUAGGCAUUUUGCAGCUUAAUAACUUCUAAACUUUAAUUCUCCGGUGUCAUUAAUUUGCUGAGUGGGCGCUGCGUUCUGGAAUUCGCUGGAGAGCAAGUCUGCACCACCUGCUCCCCAGCCUCCUGGCCGGACGCUGCUGUGUGCCGGCUCCUUAACUGAUGGGCUGGAGUUUCUUGACAUUGUCAGCACUGGUGCCAUUUAGUCUACUUUGACUUUAAAAAUUAGUAGUUUUUAUACUUGUCAUAUAACUCCUGGGACAACCACACAGGGAGCCAUGGUCCCUUUCAUGAUUUGUGUUUCCCAGUCGCUCUUUUUUUUGCUUCUCCGAGGACCAAAUGCCUGGCCUGCAUUGGAGCUGUGUCUCCGCAGGCUGCGCUGUGCAGCCACACUGUGUGCAAGGGCCCAGGGUAAGGAAGGUGCCAGUAAGUUCAAGAAGAAAAUUACCAAAAAUUCUAACCUUGGACACAGAUCUUUCAGGAAGGCUUGACGACGUGAGAGUGUGGAGGAGACCGCUUUCCCACACGCACAGUGGGGCUGCGAGUCUCGGGUAGUCAUGUGGUCCCCAUGGCAAUGCCUCUUGUCUUAAAAUGAAGCUAAUUAAAUAAAUAGGGUAGACUGUUAAUAGUGUAUUGAAGUAGAUGCUAAUAACAACUGUUAAACAAGGGGAACUGAAUGGAGGUUUACCAACGACACGGAGUCUGUUAUCAGUGACCUGCGUUCUGACCACAGGUGGUCCCGGCACGAGCGCGUGGAAUGGCGGCUCUGGCCCUGGGUCAGCAUUUCCAGUGCAGCGUCACCCGUGGGCCUGUAAAGAUAUGAGAGUAUAUUAGCUUUCAUUUUGUUAUUAAAUUAUAGCAGCUUCAUUUCAGAGCAAGUUUGCCUUGAUGUUGUUUAAAAUGACCUGCUCAGCACCCAAAAGAUAAAAUUGACAUAUUUUUAUAAUAUAAGCAUACUUUUUUUUUUGUACAUUGUGUUCAUUCUUGAAUAAAAUGAGUUCAGUGUUGGCUUGUAGAUAUUAAAAAGAAAGUAUUGAUUCAAUAAAUGUUUUCUUUUGA